GUCGAGCUUUCCCUGACGUCCUCGUACAAAUUGCGGGCAAAAGAACAUGUGAGAAUUGCACCAAGCAGACUCGCUCUUUCGUCUUUCUACCCAAUCCACAAGCAAUCUUCCACUCUCACAUAUUCCUCCGACCCAGAAUCACACUCGACGUCACCCGAGAAAUCAACAAAUCAUGGCUGUCCGCGCUCAAUUCGAAAACUCCAACGAGGUUGGUGUCUUCUCCACUCUCACAAACUCCUACGCCCUUGUCGCUGUCGGCGCUUCCGAGAACUUCUACAGUGUCUUCGAAGCCGAACUCCAGGACGUUAUCCCCAUCUGCCACACCACCAUCGCCGGCACACGUAUCAUCGGCCGUCUCACAGCCGGUAACCGCAGAGGUCUGCUCGUCCCCACCAGCACAUCGGACCAGGAGCUGCAACACUUGCGCAACAGCAUUCCCGACGAUGUGAAGAUUCAGCGCAUCGAAGAGCGCCUCUCCGCCCUCGGCAACGUCAUCUGCUGCAACGACCACGUCGCCCUUGUCCACCCCGAUCUGGAGCGCGAGACCGAGGAGAUCAUCGCCGAUGUGUUGGGUGUCGAGGUUUUCAGACAGACAAUCGCCGACAACGUCCUUGUAGGUUCAUACAUGAGCUUGAGCAACGCCGGUGGUAUCGUCCACCCCAAGACCAGCAUCCAGGACCAGGAUGAGUUGAGUUCGCUGCUUCAGGUUCCUCUCGUUGCCGGUUCCGUCAACAGAGGUUCGCCCGUCGUCGGUGCCGGUAUGGUCGUCAACGACUGGAUGGCCGUCACUGGUCUGGAUACUACUGCCACUGAGCUCAGCGUUGUCGAGUCCAUCUUCAAGCUUGGUGAGGGCAUGGGUCCCUCGGCCAUCAACACUACCAACAAGGACACCAUGGUCGAGUCCUUCUACUAGACGCAUUUGUUUGCUCUGUCGUGUCACCCUCAAAAAGAGCUUUACGGUUGUAUCGGCUUCUGAUCUGAUUCGAAUGAACACACGCAUUCCUACUUUCACUUCGGUGGCCCUCCGUCCUAGUUCGCGCCCAACAUGCGCUCGCGCCAUGGACAAGACCGGCCCUCACGCCACACCCUGGCCGUCUCCACCAAGUUGGAAAUAGACAAGUUCACGGCGGAUGAUAUGGUGGGAAAGAGGAAAGAGGUUGCAUUUGAUAAUGGAGUUGUGGAAGCCGUACAACCAGACGUACUCGGAU